AUGCUCAAUAUUGGAUUAAUUGAAACACCGUGCUAUUUUGUAUAUAAUCAACAAUUUAGCAUAACAAUCAUAAUGGCACUGUGGAUUCAUUUUUCUCAAUCACGGACUGUUCAAUUUAAUAUUGACGAGGAGAUUCCAACUGGCACAAAAAUUGGCAGUUUAUUGAAACACGUACAUGGAGAAUUCAAAAGUUUAAACUUUUUUAAAAUCUCUAGCCUUGAUGACUUUUCGGAACUAUUUUCUGUAGAUCAAAUUAACGGGGAUAUAUUGGUUGCUAAACAAUUGGACAGAGAAACACUAUGCCAUCCUGAUGUCCUGAAUAGUCAGAAAACAGUUUCAAAGCACCAGAAAGAAGGAUGGAAUUCUCGAGUGAAUCAGUAUACAACUUGUGAAUUGUAUUUUAGCGUGAAUUGUUUAAAUGUGACACCGAUUAAAAAUCUUGGGAACCAGAACGAAAGUAAAACACCUGUAAGUAACAAGCUGGUAGCUAUUUUCGAUGUCAUCGUUCAACUCAGGGAUAUUAAUGAUAAUGGAUGUAAAUUUAUGCCAUCAAGUGAACAGAUUAUUCGAAUACGUGAAGAUUCAACGAUUCGCGAAACACGACUACCACUGAAUACUCCCUAUGAUCCAGACGAUGCAAUCUUAGGAAAUACUGUUAAAUCUGAUCUUGUAUGGAUCCAUGAUCGGUCUAAUAAAUUAUCUCCGUUCGAUAACCGGAAUAUAAAUACCACAUUCAAACUACAUAGUCUUUCAUCUUCGAAUUAUGCAAAUAUUAAACUGGAGUUGGAACUGAUCAAUGAGUUGGAUUAUGAAAGUCGGCGGAAUUAUACAUUUGAAAUCGUCGCUGAUGAUGGUUUUCCAUCAGGUGGACAUCAAUGUCACCUAAAUGUGACUGUACUCGUAGAAGACUGUAAUGAUCAUACGCCAGUGUUUGAUCAGUCCACGUAUGUUGCGAAUAUAAGUGAAGACACAAUCAUGGGCCAGACUAUUGUAAAGGUGACAGCGAAUGAUGCAGACGACGGGGAAAAUGGGAAAGUUCUGUACAGCCUUGAUUCAUAUACGGAUACCACUGACGACAGCAAUCUUUUCUACAUUCAUGAAGAUACCGGUGAAAUCAGUCUUCGACGACGUUUAAACCAUCGCCUGAAGCCUCAACAUGUAUUGAAAGUAUUUGCUAAGAAUCCUGAUCAUACUAUAUCGAGGAAUGCAAAAUCUCUACAAACGCUAUCCAAGUCAUCUACAGCUCAGGUAAUUGUAAAUGUGGUUGACACAAAUGAUCACCAUCCAAGAAUUCGAAUUUUGUCGCCUACGGGUUCAAAAUCUCUAGAAAUAAUAGAAGAAUCUCCGCCUGGUCAAGAUAUUGGCAUUCUAGAUGUUUCAGAUGGUGAUACAGGGGAAAAUGCUGAAGUGAACUGUAAACUGACAAAUCAAACUCUUUCCGAUGCUUUAAUCCUAACUUCGAUGAGUGCUGAACUUGUCAGCAAUGAUCUAACAAAGUCUCAUAAGAAAUAUAAACUCUCCUUGUUGAAGAGUAUAGACAGAGAGGAAAAUCCAGCCAUCGAAUUUACUGUUUACUGUUGGGAUAACGGAAAUCCACCCUUAUCAAGUAAUAUAAAACAAAGCAUAAAAGUAAUUGAUAUCAAUGAUAACGACCCAGUAUUUAAUCAAAGUGUCUACACAGUUAAGAUCCUGGAGGAUACGAGUCCUGAAAGAGGAAGAGAAAACUUUGAAAUCAUAUCGCUUAUUGCAACAGACAAAGAUGAAGGUCGUAAUGCAAAACUACACUAUAGUAUUGUUCAGACAUCACCAAUUUCCCAGGUUGAUUUGGUGACAAUCAACUCACAGACAGGAAGGAUACAUUCCCUGGGAAAUUUGGAUCGUGAAUUAUCUGACAGAUUCUCUAUUCUUGUAUUAUGUUCCGAUGAUGGUGAACAGAAUAAACGAUCAACUUCAGCUCUAGUGGAUGUCGUGAUUUUAGAUUUUAAUGAUAACUCUCCAGUUUUUUCGAAGCUCUCGUAUGAUUUUUAUUUAUCAGAAAAUAAUCUAUCGGGAGAGCUGAUCGGAAGCUUUUAUGUUACUGAUAAUGAUAUGGGGAAAAUUCAGAAUUAAAGAUAGAGAUCAAGAAAAGUGUGAUCAGUAGAAAGCCUAAUUCUAAACAAUCAUCGAUUUUAUCGGAUUUGAAUCAAAAAAAGUAUAUUGAAUACAUUCCAAAGUUCCAGCUAGUUUCAAAGAGGGUAAAUGCUUCAUCGUCUAUCAGUAAACCGGCUUACU